UCGUUUAUAGAAAAAUAGCUAUAAUUUAGAAGCAAUAAAAAAUUAAUGGAGAAACACUUUGUUCUUGCUCUCGCCAUUGUUCUUUGCCACUUUGCUCUCACUUCCGCCAUUGAUGGAGCUGCAACUUACUACACCGCGCCUUACACCCCAUCAGCAUGUUACGGGAAUGAUGAUAUGGGUACGAUGAUUGCUGCGGCGAGCGACGCAAUAUAUGAAAAUGGUGCAGCGUGCGGACGAACUUAUAGGGUGACGUGUACAGGUGCGACCAGUCAAGAUGCUCCACAACCAUGCACAGGAGCGAACGUUGUUGUUCAAGUUGUUGAUUACUGUCCUACUUGUCAGGGCAUCUUUGAUCUCUCUCAAGAAGCUUUCUCGGCUAUAGCUGAUUUAAAUGCCGGCAUGAUUGAAAUUGAUUAUGUUCAGGUGUAAAGAUGGGUGGUGGCCGAAGACAUUAAUGGCGCUUUAUAAUAUCAGAAUAAGUGUGUUCUCCUAUGCGCAGAAUAAAGCAGUUAAAUAAUAUUGUUACAGUGUAGCUUUGAUUGUGCUUACAUGAGAUAUAAAGAUGGCAUUUUUAAUGUGAUAAGAAA